GCGACCGACCGCCCUAAGGAGCAAGAAGCAAGCCUACCAUCAACAAAGGGAGUACAAUCCAAUCUGCUUUACUCCUACAAGUACUCUGAGGCCAUUUCUCACUGCAUCAUUGCCCUCAGCCAUCCGUCAGAGCCUUGUAGCCAACUGAUGAGCGUCUCUGGAGAAUCCCACCAGACCGCGCGCCUCUCUCACCUAUCCCCCUGAGUGACAUCCACACCACGGCAUCGACCUAGCUCCAUCCUCUCCUCAAGCAAAGGGCUGCAAAGCGUUCUUUAGAUACGAGUCAAUCAUCUUCCUUGGCGUCGUAGCGAUCACAGGGUCCCAGGACAGCCAUGAACAUCAGACUCGGCUCCCAGUCUCGAGAUCUUGGGUCCGACGGUAUGCCUCACCGUACAGAGUCUCCUGCGACCGUCGCGACGGACGGUACAUCGCUUCCAAACGGGAGACAGCCUCCCAAACGGGUUGGCAGCUUUGGCAAGGGCCUUGGGAUGGCCCUUGCGAACGGGAUGACCAGAGCGUCCGGAGCGGUUGGAAAGAAGUCGUCCUCUGGUGUUCCCCCGGCGGCAGCAGGCUCAAGUGCGGCUUCGACAGCUAUGGCCCCGCCUCCAACUCCUGAUGCCUCGCAUCUGUACAACUUCUCAUUGCGGCUCUCCGAACUGGUCAACCAGUCCCUUGCUUCUACUGUUCCGCAGAGUCAGCCACUCUCGAGCGGUAUGACCAGCGUGACGAAACACGCUCCUGGUAGAUCUGCCAUCCCAUCUAUCGACCAGAUCGUCUACGAGGGGAGGCAUCUGCCGAAUCGCGCCAAGAUCCAGGAGAUUGCUCAGACCGUCGUUGCAGAAUUGCAGUACGCUCGGGGAAUCGACGCAUACCUCCUACGCGCUGUUUCAAGAGCUGCCCUCAAAGCCCUGACUCUCUUUGCUACUCGUAUCGAUGGGCUCCUCAUUCCUGUAGCAAAGGAUCCGACUUCCCUGAUCAUGCCGACGACAGCCAAGGAGGGCAUCCACAUCUCACCGGCUCUCGAAUACAAUCUCGGGCUAGCGACGCUGACAUGGAUCGUAGAGGACGCGCUAGAGGGCUGCAUCGAGGGCGAGCACGAUCGGGAGGGCAUGCCCAACUUCGUGUCUGAGAUUCUGACUCCAGUCCGCAAGAGGAUGGAGACUACCAUUUUGCACAUCAUCCAGCCGGUCCUCACUGGCGUCAAGACUUCUUUGACUGCUUCUUUGCUCAAGUCGGUACGACAGCCCUUCGCUUCGGGAGGAUCUCCGGCAAUGACGCCAAAUCUCGGUGUCACGGAGCCUGUACUUCCGCCCCUCUCACCAGUCAAUCCUCCUGGCAGCGCCGUAGCAUCUCCAAAGGGUGUGGGCUUGGCAGGAGAUGCGGCGGCAGGCAAUUGGCUGAAGGAGCUGCAAGGAAGGCUGGAAGGCUCUCGCAAGCUCCUCGUACCGCGCAUUGAAGCAAGGACGAGCGACGAUGGGGAGGGUUGGUUCAUCUCUGUCGCAGUGCACGUCAUCUGGAAGGCGCUCUUCGUCAUCACUGCCAGACCGAUUGAGCAAGCUGCGUCUGCCGCUGUCCCAAGCAGUGCCGCUGCCACGCCGAGCAGAGCCUCAAGCUUCUGGGGAGGUGCCAGUCUUGGGCCCCACCAACACCUCAAUGAGUCCAAGCGAAACCCAAGCCCGAGUCAGAUCUCUGCUGCACUCAAGAGUGUGUCCAGCGUGGGAGCUUCACGUCAUCGAAAGUCGGACGUCAACUUGAGUGGUCUCGUCUCCCCAGGCGCGGCCGAUGCUGCCAACGGUGGCCGGACGACACCCUCGGCAACAUCUGGUGCGGACAGUCUGACGACACCGGCGCUUGCCAAAGCUGGUCUGAGUCUGGCGUCGACUCCUGCUGUACACAAAGCCGUGGCAGCUCAACUGAACGACCUUCAGGCGUUUCAAAAGAUGGCGCUACGCUUCUGCAAAGGCUUCGUUUCAGACAAGGCGCUCAGCGCUGUUGCGGCGGAGCUCAGUCGUGCCGAUGCAGACGAGGAGAUAGAGGAAGACGCGCAACUUCAAGAAGAGGACGAGGAAGAUGAGCUUGCGCGCCAAGCAUUGGCCGAGGCCCUCGAGGCUUUGAAGAGCACAAUCACUGUCAUUCAGACUAUCGACUCCAACGUCGAGGGGCUCAAGGCUACCUUGGACCGCGGCGUCGCAAAAUCACCACGUGGCGGAGCCAUGCCUGUUGACGGCACCGGUAGCGGCACCAGCGUAGCACCUGCUGCUGCGACUGUUCGGCACCUCGAGCCUACGCAGUACCGUGCCCUUAAAGCUGUUCCUCCUCUGCUUCUCCUGCACAUUGCCUACUGCCGUCUGCCUACGUCUCUCAAAGGCUCUGCGAUUGGCGUCUCGGGCUACCUCUCCUCGCCUCCGGCCCUUUUCGGCAUCAGCUGGGCCGAGUAUGAGAAGAGCAUUGCAGGCUUUGUUGGCGGUGGCACUUGGGCUCAAGCUGCCGUACAACGGUGGUCAAAGGAAGUACAGACUCUUUGGCCUACGUAUCAGGCCCGGCGAGCUGAGCUGGUCGCCAAGAGGCGUGUUGCGUCCGGAGAAGCGGGUCGAAGAAGCGAGGAUAAUGGGGACGAUGAAGAGCAAGUGGGUGUGGACGACAACGCUACCGUUGAAUGCAUGCCGGUACGCAUCGGAGGCAGCGGGAUGCAAAGUGUUGCAGAUGACUUUAGCACGACGCCAACACCAGCGAAGGGCGCUGAUCUUCAGGCAUAUCGCGAAGCAUCGGAUCACCGCGCUCACUCUUCCGCCAUGCUCCUGGACGCCUCUCAAGCCACCCCUCGAGCUGUGUCAGACCCUUCCCUGCACGGCGACCCUCGAGCACUGCGCUUCUCUUCGAGGCCGACAACAGCUUCGGACGGAAGGGGUGAACCUUCAAACUCCAACGAAGGAAGCGUCGCAAGCUCCCCAGCUCAAAGCCCGAGGCUACUCCCGGCUGCAGCAGGUUCUGGAGAUGAGGACUUUGUGGACACAAUGGAGGGCAGUCUGAGCGCACUGGCGCUCGACUCGCCAGCAGCCUCAUCCGCCGACAUCUCAGGCCAGCAGCCAGCACGGUACAACAGCACUUCGGCAACCGGCAACAAGUUGCAGCAGCACAUUGAAAAGUCCAAGUUUUGGAAAGCAUCGUCUUCGUCUUCGCUGGCGUCGUCUACCUCUUCCUCGGCGGUUCCGGGUGCUUCUGGUACCCACUCUCCGCCUGCCACUUCUCCGAGCCUUUCGGCUGCAACGACUAGCUCUCCACCUGCUACUGCCAGCAGUAGCAGCAACAGUGGAGCGCCUACUCCCGGUCCAGCAUCGAGAGGCUUCCAUUUGCCUCGGGCCUUGACUCGUGCCAGCUUCGGGACCAGUCGUCCCUCUUCCCCCGCGGGCUCGCUCCGCUCCCUUGGGGUCCGGUCCCGCUCCUCUCGCAGGGCAGAGACCCUCUCUACCACCACUGGCGGUCCGAGCGCCAUGGAGGAGAUGCUGGAUGCAGAGUUGGCCGAGCUUGACAAGACCAUCGAGGCAUUGCGCUUCUUUGCUCGCGUCCUUGAAUGGGCCGCUUGGUGCAGCGGAGUGGAUGUGAGGGUCAACCUCGCUGCGUGAGGUGGUCAGAGACAUUGUGAGCGGGCUCAAGGGUCCUGCUGCUGUUCCCGUAUUUAUCAAGCGUCGCCAUCGUCUCUUUUUCUUAUCUGCAUCACUAUCACCAUCAUCAUGUUCGA